AUGUCUCACAAUGACGACUACGCUCCACGGUCUCGUCGGGAUCACUCUCGCUACGAUCAGGACCCGGGAACACGAUAUCCUGAUGACGACUACCCAGACACCCGCAAAUCCGGUACCCACCGUCCUCGCUAUGAACAAUCUCCCCCUCCUUACGCCUCGGAUGCGACUCGCCGGCGGGAGGACAUCGACCCUCGAGACAUUGAACCACGAGACGCAGACAAGAAAAAACACAGAGAUUACCCCAGUGAAAGAGACGGCGAUAUGAAGAAGGCUCCAAAGUCCAACACUGCUGAACCAAGACGACAUAGUCCUCGUAAUGACGACGACGACGGAGAUUCUGCGACGCGCCGUCACCGCGACCCUGAUGCUGGCUAUGGUCGCUCUCGUGGCUAUCGAGCCCCUCUCCCACGCCACGAGUCGCAUGCAAACGAUGGGGAUGAUCUGAAAGCCAGAUCUGCGAAGCCCAGGAGAAGAGAUGACUACGACGACUUCGACCCAGCUCCUCCUCGUCGCGCACAAACAUACCGAGAGCCGGAUCGUAAGCGCCGCGAUGACGCCUACGAUGAACCUCCUCGCCGUCGCUACCGCAGUCCAGACGAUAGAGAUAGACACUCCGACCCUGAUCGGAGCUCUGCAAGACACCGAAGAGACGAUGACCGAUAUGAUGAUCGCCGGUACCGCAGUGGCGCCGGAGGUCAUUCACGCCGUGACGAUGGCUACGCUUCGGACAGAGACCACAAACGUUCUGACCGCGACAAGGGCAAGGACCGGUACUAUCGCGAUCGUGAUCGUGAUCGUGACCGUGACCGUGACCGUGACCGUGACCGUGACCGUGACCGUGACCGUGACCGUGACCGUGACCGUGACCGUGACCGUGACCGCGACCGCGAUAGAGACCGAGACCGAGAUCGAGAUCGAGACAGGCGACACUAUGAUUCCCGCGACCGGAGCCGAGACCGCGAUGGUCGAAGCAAGAAGAAGGGAUUUUCCUUUGACGAUAUUGGCGGCCUCGUUGAACAAGGUCAGAAACACUACAAGACCGUCGCACCGCUUGUUACGAGCAUCGCCAAGAUGUAUCUCGACAACAAGAAAUAA